UAGUACUAACACCGACGCGUACGCCGACGCGGACUCCGUCUAUAAUACCUCAUUCUCAAGCUCGCGGAGCACCCCAGAUCUCGAUUACGCCCACCUAAGGGCCCGAUUACACCAGGAGGAGCAAGCCGUUCAGGCUCUUAUAGAACAAACCGAUCAUCGCCCAGCGCAGCACUCGACAGCAAGGACAAAUAUAGCCGACCCCCCAAUACACCAGUUUGGGAUACCACCGCCCCACUGGCGUCCAGCUGAAGUGGC